CCCAUUUGUGAUAACCACAAGAUCCCAUUUGUGACAACCAAUUCACAUGCGAAAUCUACGUUUAUAAUGUUGAAGGGCAUCGUACCUGGAGUUUUGUACUUAGUGAAUUUGAGAAUUUCACCACUGGCUCUAAAUUUUUUUAAUUUAUCUUUACUAGGUACUAGGAGAAAAAGCACGGUUCUAAAUGGAACUACCUGCGGAAAAUCGGAGACAUUUCCACUGUUUCCUCAACCUCCUCACCUCCCAACAAUAAUUCUUUAACAUUUGCCUACACACUCUCACACCCAAAAACACCCCCAUCAAAAUCGAUCACAUUCAAAAAAAACAUUAUAAAAAACAAAAACAAAAACAAAAACAAACGAAAAUACCCAUUUUCCAUUGUAGCUCAAAUGCAAAGCUUCUCAUCAAAUCCAGACACCCUUUGAGCCAAAACCUCGUAAAAUGUCUUCCAAAAAGCAAGUUAUUCUCGUAUGUUCCCUCAUCCUUCUAUGGUACUCAUCCAACAUUGGUGUCCUUCUCCUCAACAAGUUCUUGCUCUCUACCUAUGGCUUCAGGUUCCCAAUCUUCCUCACAAUGUGUCACAUGUCAGCCUGUGCUAUCCUCAGCUAUAUCUCCAUUGUGUUCUUCAAGUUUGUCCCACUCCAGACCCUCAAAUCUCGUAACCAGUUCCUAAAGAUUGCAACUUUAAGCCUUGUCUUUUGUGGGUCGGUUGUUGGUGGCAAUAUCUCUCUUAGGUACCUUGCUGUGUCGUUUAACCAGGCUGUCGGUGCAACCACGCCAUUUUUCACAGCGGUUUUUGCCUACAUUAUGACCCUUAAGAGAGAAUCUUGGGUUACCUAUGCUGCUCUUGUGCCUGUUGUUACAGGUGUUGUGAUUGCCAGUGGGGGGGAGCCAGGUUUCCAUUUGUUUGGAUUCAUUGUGUGCAUAAGUGCAACAGCUGCAAGGGCCUUUAAGUCUGUUCUUCAGGGUAUCCUACUUUCAUCUGAUGGGGAAAAAUUGAACUCAAUGAAUUUGCUACUAUACAUGUCACCAAUUGCAGUUCUGGUUUUAUUGCCUGCAACGCUUGUAAUGGAGCCCAAUGUCAUAGAAGUUACCGUAUCACUUGGAAAAGAACAUAAAUACAUGUGGCUGCUGCUUGCUCUUAAUUCAACAAUGGCCUAUGCAGCUAACUUGUCAAACUUCUUGGUGACAAAACAUACAAGUGCAUUAACACUUCAGGUAUUAGGAAAUGCAAAAGGUGCUGUUGCUGUUGUAAUCUCAAUACUCUUGUUCAGAAAUCCUGUUACAGUUAUGGGCAUUGGUGGGUACUCAAUAACCGUUUGUGGAGUGAUCGCUUAUGGAGAAGCCAAGAGGAGGUUUAAAUGAAUGUUCCUCUACAUUUGGUGGCUGCAGUGGUAGGUUCAUCUAAUCUGAAAGAAAUACUGAACAAAAUGAUAUCAACAUCCAGAUGAACCAACUUCGAUUCCUUUAAUGUUAUUUCUAGUUAACCUUUUAAUGCCUUAAGUUAUCACCAAGGCCUGUCUGCCGUUUGAGUUUUUUUUUUUUUUUUUUUUUUUUGGGUUUGGGAUAAAGAGUACAUUCAACAAAUAAAUAAAUAAAAUGUGUAAAUGCACUUUUGGUCCCUACAUUUUGGGCCAUUUCUCGAUUUGGUUCCUAAACUGAUUUUGCUCCUAAGUUAGUCCUUAAUUUUUUAAAAUUGUUUUUAAAAUGGUCUCUGUCGUCAACCUGGUUACAGAAAAUGCUGAAGUGGCAAAUGAAUUUCACUAUUUGCUGACAUGGCUAAUAAAAUAAUAUUAAAAAAUAUCCCGUUAGGAUCCAUGUCAGCGUUUUAAUGGCAAGUCAACAUUUUAAUUAAUAAAAGAAAUUAAAAAAUUAAACUAAAAAUAAUUCAAAAUCAAAAACAAAAAAGAAAAAAAAUUUUCAAAUCCUCUCUUUCUCUGUGUUUAUGGCUGUAUCUUUCUUCUUUUCGUUUCCUUUUUUUUUUUUUUUCAAAUCCUUUCUUUCUUUGUCUCUUGGUGCGUAUUUGUGUUUAUAUCUUUCUUUGUUCAAGCUUUCAGUCCCUCUCUCUCUCUUAAUCUUUGACAUUUUCUCUCUCUCUAAACCUGACUCUCUAAUCUCUGGGUUUUUCCAAUUUUCCGUGGGGUGGUCGGUAAUGGAGGUGGAGAUUGGUGGUCGGGUUGGAGAUUGGUUUGGUUGGGGUGGUCGGGGUGGAGAUCGGUAAUCCAUGGGCCUUGGUUUAUGAGUUUGGUUGGAGAUGGAGAUGGAGAUGGCUGGGUUUGGUUGGAGAGGCUAGGUUUUUCUGGGUUUUAGUGGGCGUGGGCUGUGGCCAUUGAGAAGGAAACAGUGACGACAGUUGAUCACGCUGUUGGUUGUGGGUCUUAAGUGGCACUUCUAAAGAGAUGAAAGCCAUGAAAUGGGUGAGCCCAAACCGAGCUCGUUGAAAUCGAGUCACAAAAGCCAUCAUUGUUGGCCUUGCAAUUCAGUGACUCGGUGUGACCUUUCAGAUCUGGCCAUUGACGAAGUGGAUGACCGAAGCAAAGAUUUUGAGGUCUGGGUUUGUUGAUGACUGAAAUAAGGAGUUGCUUAUGGUUUCUGGGUUGUUCAUCUCAGUGGGUUUGUUGCUUGAUCUCUCUAUAUGUUUAUUUUUGGGUUGUAAAUUUGCAGGUUUGAUGUAAUUUUUCUGGGCUUGUUGUUUGAUAUUGAUUUAUGGGUUCGAUGUUCA